GUUAGUACCAUUAGGGUAGUUUAUGUCUAUUGUUAUUUUAAAUAUUUCAUUUGUAACAGCGCCAGGCAAUUCUAAAUAGUCAAAGACGGUUGUUUUUCGGCGUUUAUUAAAAAUAUGCUAAUAUCCUCUAUUUUUCUGUAAGAUUUGCGAAUUUAAUUUUUUUUUAAAUUAUUUUCUAAGUAUUGCAAAACGUGAACCAAUGUGAUUGAGUCAAAAUAGAUUUUGUCUGCUAAUUUAAUUGUAGUGUAACCUUCCAGGUGUAAGAAAAAAAAAGAUGAAGUAUACUCAAGCGUUAGAAAUGGUUGUCAUUAUUGCUGUUUAUGUAUCAUCACUCAAAAGACAUUUCAUGGUAUCGUCUAUUUUAAUCCUGAUUAUUGGCGUCUUGUUAUGUUUCUUGGACGUACCAGUUGUAACGAAAAGAAAUAAAGAACUCGGUUUGUAUUGCCGUGGAAAUUCAGAUCCAGGUUUCUUAUAUUCUUUACUUACUGUCCCCACGUUGUUUUGGAUUCAAAAGAGUUGCUAUGACACAUCAAUAUAUUUUGAUUUACUUUCAACACAGAUCAAGUCAGUAAUAACAGUUGUUAUGGCAUUGUCAUUUCUUGUUGUUUUUGUUUGCCUUUAUUUUCCAGUAAAAUUCAGCUGGAUAAUUGUACUGCUGGCAGUAAUUUGCAUUUGUUUUGACUUUGACCAAAUGUUUCUAGUCGUUAUUAUAUGUGCCUUUGUAUAUACAACUCUGGCGUGUUUUGCAGUAUUGAAAAUUUGUCCAUACAAUUUUACUAUUGGGGAAGUUGGUAUUAUUAUACAAGGAUUUGGGCUGGUUGUAUGUGAUUUUGGAUGCAGAGUGUUUUAUCAAAAGAAUUUGCUUCAAUCUAACGAAAUCAACUCUGUAGUUCUGAUUGAAUUUAUGUUGUGCUCCGUUGUAUUGAUGCUUGUAUGUAUAAUUCCGGUUGCAUAUUACAUUAACAGAUUGGUAAGAUGUGGAACAGAUAGAUUGAUACAUCACUUUCUGUUUUACUUCGCAUCGUUGCUUUAUCUCGGAUUUGUAUUCGUAUUUCUACGUUAUUAUUUUAAUGAACAUCCAAUCACAUGGCUUAUCCACUUUCUAGUUUCAACGAAGCUUCGGUUAUUUCUAAUGUGUUACUCUUUCCUAUUGGUUGCAAUAUCGUUUUAUGUUGUAUUCUGGUAUUUUACCAACAAAACUGCUCAAGUUAAUAUUCAUAAAACAAUAAUUCGGAAGAUCUUCCACAUCAUUGCAGUGAUUUUAUUCCUACCAGUUAUCGUGGAUGUUCAAUUUUAUUCAGUUAUAUCAAUGAUGGCAUUUUUGCUCUUUUUAUCUGUGGAAAUAGUUCGAAUAUGCCAUAUUAAACCAUGCGGUGAUGUCCUAAAUCAAGUCUUAACGCCUUUUAGAGACGAGCAAGACGAAGGAGUGCUGAUUCUAACACAUAUAUACUUACUUUGCGGUAUGUCUUUACCAAUCUGGUUGCACUUCUCCCAUGAUACUAAAGCAUGUCAAAUUGCGUUUUAUAGUGGUAUUAUUUCACUUGGUAUUGGAGACACAGCUGCGUCAGUAUUUGGUAAACUUUACGGAAAAACAAAAUGGCACAGUGACAGUAAGAAAACGAUCGUUGGUACAUUAUUUUCAGUGUCAAGUCAGUUCAUGUUUUCCAUCAUUUUAAUUGUUUUUCUUCUACAAGAAUUGUCGAGUAUUAAUCUAUUGCGUAUUAUGUUUUGUUGUCUAAUUACUUCCUUGUUGGAAGCUUGGUCUUCUCAAAUUGAUAAUUUAAUUUUACCGUUAUAUAUGUACAUGUUAUUUGUUUCUUUUUGUUCACACGACUAGCUGCAUCAUUCAUUAGCCUGUUUUGAUACAUAAAGCAAGUUUGAGCAAAAAUCAAAAGUCGGCUUAAUUCGUGAGUUUCAAAACAUUUUAGCUUUUUGUGAGGUUAUGUACGCAAAAAAUAUUUGGACUAUUUUUCAAGAAACACCUGUGUUAACCUUCUAUUAAUUUUAUAAAAAAAACUUUUUCGUUAGUGUUUUUUGUAUUAGUAAUAAUUUCUUUAGUAUUUUUUUAUUAAAUUAAAACCAUAAAAACUUGAUUUACAUUAUUUUUGCUUGCGAAGAAACCUAUUUCAAUCGAUUUGCAAAAUAUUUGAUUUGCCAGAAUUUGUUGCUAAAACGUUUCUGAUCCACUUAUUUAAUAUUAUUUUUGUUGUUACAUAUAGUUCUAAUAAAAAGGGUGAGGUGAGAAAGGGGUAGCUUUCUGAUUUUUCGAAAUGUGUUGCUAAACAUAUAAUAAAAAUCCAAAAAAAUUAAUUUUUAACGAAAAAUGUUAAUAAUACAAGAAAUGUGCAACGUUUUUUUAUUUUUUUUUUUAUUUUUUAUUUUAGAAAAUACAUACAGGCGUUCGUUUAGUUGUGUUUUAAAUAAAAAACCAUUUCCCCUGAAUUUGCCGAAUACGAAAUCUGCGCUGAACGUCCAAGGUGAUACCAACAAAAAUCAAUACUCCAAUAAUAAUGCAUAAACUCCAUAUGAAUUUAUUUUCUUUAAACAUAUCACUGACGUUAGCAAUGUAUAAGACAUCAAUUUUGCAGUAACGUUGAUUAUCAUAAACAGCUUUCUUAAAUACAUUCUGGUUGUUCUUAUAUUUUAUACAAUGCAACCAUCUUCCAAAUUCUGAGUUUUCAUCAUAACUCUUUUUUACAGCAGAGUAGAUAACUUGAUCAUAUUUUAUUUGUUUGACAAUUCGAAGUGGAUUUUCAUUUUCAUCAUUGAUGAUAUCACUUUGCAUUGCAGCUGCCACAUCUGCAUUUAACAAUGCUGCAUAAACUGAAUCAGCACGUACCGACUCGAUUACUUCUUCAUAUGAUUCCUUGAGAACCAACUUGGAGUUAUAUACCUUCUUUGCCACAUGUGCUCAAGACUGCCACCAUUUGAUUAUUUAUGUCUAUUCCUGAUACACCUGAGACGUUCUCAGAAACUGUUGCUGUAAGUAUCGCAGCCAAGGACAAAGCGAGAAGAAUCCAAGCACUGAUAAGAAUGCGACUUAUGAAGUGUUUCGGAACAACAUCUCCAUAUCCAACUGUAGUCAUUGUGACUAAGCUACACCAAAUGCCAGUUGGUGCUCCUUUGAAAAAUGACUCUGAUAUCUCGGGAUUUCUUUUCCGUUCGACAAACCAAAUAAGAAUGCCAACGCAAAUAGCAGUUAGAAUGGUCACGAUGGCAACCUGACUGCUAUUCAGAAGUCCUUGCCAUGUUUUGUAGAGUAGUUCUAUUCUGUACCUUCGCACAACAACUACCAUGUGUUUUGAUAUCAUAAUUUGAUAGAGCAAGUGGUCAGGUUGCAUUUUCAUUAGGUCUUGACUAGCUUCACUUGAAAGCAUAACUGGACCCCAUAAUGUGAGGAUUGUGUCAUUAAAAUGCGUAGAAAUAUUCUGUUGUAGAAUUUGGUUGUAUUCUUUUCGUGAAGAUGCAACUCGAACCAUUUCUAUCAAUUUAUUUGACGACUCAUCGUGACAGUGAUCUUUCCCAUUCUUCAUUAUGUCAACCAUUAUUCCCUUCGUCACAUUACUUUCAUUAUAAAUGAAAGGUUUUUGUUCCCAAUACGCUGUUUGUAUAAGGAGAGUCUUUUUAUGUUCAGCGAACGAUAUAUUUGUCAGUAAGGAAAUAGUUAUCAUCAAAGUAGUUAUAUAACGAAACAUGAU